AUGGAUCAAGAAAGGGAUCAAACCACCGGCUUUUUCUCUCAAGAUUCAUUGAUGGGUUGCAAGAAAAAGAUGGGCAAAAACAAAGGGAAAAUAUACCCUCUUUUAUCAUUUCGUGAAUUGCCCGAUUAUAUGAAGGAUAAUGAAUACAUUUUGAAUUAUUAUAGAGUUAAUUGGCCUCUCAAAGAGGCUUUCUUAAGCUUAUUUCGUUGGCAUAAUGAAACCCUCAAUGUAUGGACGCAUUUAGUUGGAUUUGUACUAUUUUUAGCAUUGACAAUUUGCAAUCUGAUGCAUGUGCCUCAAGUAGCAGAUUUCAUUACAAUCUUUACUGGACACUUUCCUUCUAGUGCAGAUGCUAAUGUCUCUUCCAAUUCCAAAGAUUUUCCCCUGGGACCAACAAAGUUGAAAGAUCUAAAGCAAGAAUCCCAUCUUAAUAUGGAUAUUACAUCCCCAGAAAUGGCUGCUGUAAGUUGGCCAUUCUAUGUGUUUUUAGAUGGUUCAAUGUUCUGUCUCUUGUCAAGCAGCAUUUGCCAUCUCUUUUCUUGCCAUUCCCAUCACUUAAAUAUAUUGCUUAUGCAAAUAGAUUAUGUUGGAAUAACUGUCAUGAUAAUCACUUCAUUUUUCCCUCCAAUUUACUACAUCUUUCAAUGUACUCCCCACUGGCAAAUUGUUUACCUUACUGGAAUAACAAUAAUGGGGAUUUUCACUAUCAUAACCUUGCUUUCUCCGGCCUUCUCGACUGGGAAAUAUCGUUCGUUUCGAGUCUGUCUCUUCAUGUCCAUGGGAUUCUUUGGCAUUGUACCUGCCAUCCAUGCUGUGGUUGUGAACUGGAACGAUCCUUACCGGAAUAUAACUCUAGCCUAUGAGUUGGUCAUGGCGCUGUCGUAUUUGAUAGGGGCGUCAUUUUACGUUAGCCGGAUUCCCGAACGGUGGAAGCCUGGGUGGUUCGACCUGGCCGGUCACAGUCAUCAGAUAUUCCAUGUGUUUGUAAUCAUGGGGGCUUUGGCACAUUAUGGUGCUGCACAAAUUUUCUUGAGUAACAUUCAAAUCCGACGGCUGUUCUUCCUCUGUUUUAACUUUGACUCCGUUGUUGCUCAUUUGGUACAAUUUCCGUAUCCGCUUCAAUUUUCAGCUUCAGAAUUUGUGACUAAGAAAGAGAAUGUCGAUGACUACAAGGAAUUGGAUGUUGCGGUUGUGAGGGCUACAAAUCAUGUAGAGCGCCCAGCAAAAGAAAAACACAUAAGAGCUAUCUUUGUGGCUAUAUCAGCUACCAGGCCUCGAGCUGAUGUUGCAUAUUGCAUACAUGCCCUUGCAAGACGAUUGUCAAAAACUCAUAAUUGGGCGGUUGCCUUAAAAACUUUGAUAGUAAUACAUCGUGCAUUGAGAGAGGUUGAUCCCACAUUCCAGGAAGAACUUAUCAAUUAUGGUAGGAGCAGGAAGCAUAUGCUUAACUUGGGCCAUUUCAAGGACGACUCGAGUCCAAAUGCCUGGGAUUAUUCUGCAUGGGUGCGUUCCUAUGCAUUAUUUUUGGAGGAGAGGCUGGAAAGUUUCCGGUUGUUGAAAUAUGAUGUGGAGAAAGAGCCUCCGAGAACAAAAGAUUUGAAAACUCCAGAGUUGCUUGAGCAAUUACUGGCUUUACAGCAACUUCUAUUUCGGGUUCUUGGCUGUCAGCCACAAGGAGCAGCAGUUCAUAAUUUUGUUAUUCAGUUUGCCCUUUCUAUGGUUGCUUCAGAAAGCAUCAAAAUUUAUAAUGCAAUAAGUGAUGGUACAGUUAAUUUGGUUGACAAGUUCUUUGAGAUGCAACGGCAUGAUGCUCUUAAGGCGUUGGAUAUAUACCAGAGAGCUGGCCAGCAGGCCGAAAAAUUGUCGGAAUUUUAUGAAGUAUGUAAAAAUCUCGACAUUGGACGCGGAGAAAAAUUUAUCAAGAUUGAGCAGCCCCCUGCAUCAUUUCUACAAGCUAUGGAGGAGUAUGUGAGAGAAGCACCACGAGCUUCCUCUGUUCGCAAGGAUCUGAACAUUGACGUAAAGUCAAAGGUGGUAUUACCCAUAGAGUACAAAAAGAAUUCAGAAGUGAAGGAAGACCGCCCACCAUCACCAUCUCCAGCUGAACCAGAACUUAAGCCAGAACCAGUUAAAGUGGAAGCACCUGUUUCAGAACCACCUGAUCUGCUGGGUCUGGACGAUCCUGUUCCAGCUGCCUCUACGUUAGACGAGAAGAAUGCAAUGGCUUUAGCCAUUGUGCCAGUUGGCGUUGCUGAACAACCGGCUUCCAUUGGACCAAAUCUUUCAAAUGGAGCUACAGGCUGGGAACUAGCUCUUGUUACGGCUCCGAGCUCCAAUGAGAGUGGUACUGCUGCUAGCAAAUUGGCCGGUGGACUGGACAUGCUUACACUAGACAGCCUAUAUGAUGAUGCAAUCCGAAGAACCAACCAGAAUGUUAGCUACAAUCCAUGGGUACAAGCUCCAACAGCCACUCCCAUGAUGCCACUAACUGCACCUGACCCAUUCUAUGCCUCCAACGUAAUGGCUUCACCACCUUCCGUGCAAAUGGCAGCCAUGGCCAACCAACAACAGGCUUUCAUGUUCCAGCAGCAGCAGCAGCAGCAGCAGAUGAUGAUGAUGAUGGGGCCACAGCAGCCCGUAAACCCUUUUGAAACCCCGUACGGAGCCAGCAGCUACCCCUAUGCCUCAGGUAUGCCAGGUCAAGCCUAUAAUCCUCAUCCGGGCCUUAUUUGA